AUGCGUCCUCCAAAGAUGCGCAUCACGGCUCGCGUGCUUAAACCUCCGGACUUACAUCCCGAGCCACCCACGUCGUUCAUUAUCCCCGUCGAUCAGGAUGCCACUUUUGCGAGCGUAUGGGAGCUCAUUCAGCAACGCUACAGCGAGAACUAUCGCGCCGGUCGCAGGAAUGACUGCUAUUUCAAGAAGCUCCAGGACAGCAGCGGCGCCGACAUAGACAUGCGAGAUAUUGUCGUCGACAUCUUCGGAGCAAUCGCAGACCCUUUCCAGCGCAUAGUUCAGAUCCAGCAGCUCCGUCUUGAUAGAGAUGACACAGUCCCAUUCGACUCGCACUUACACCCCCCCAUCUCAGCCUUUGCAGCGGAAGAGAACGAAGAGACCAAAAGAAAACGUCUUGAACUUAGUCGCUAUGGAGCCACUCUCGACAACCUCGAUCCGGACCAUCCGGUCGAAUCUGGCGAAGGCCCUGUUGAGAAGCGCAUAGACCAUGACGGCUUUGCUAUCCCAGCAAGAAUCAACCGGCCAUCCACUGCCCACUUCCCGCCCAGCAGCCAGACCAUUCCAAGCUCGCAACCACUUUCGCAGAAUUCAUACGAGGACCACCUUGUCCGCUCUCCCGAACUCGGCUCGCCUCACGAAGAAUGUACAACCCGUCCACAUCUUGAGACUCCCCCCAAAGCAGCGAAUACGGCGUCCCAAUACACCACUCUCGAUGCCGUUCCCAGCGCUCAGAAGCCGCCCAACAUGAUUGCAGCUCACAAUCAGACUACCGUUGCCGUAUCUGCAGACAGAGACACUGCGCAUGAUCUCGCCGAUCCUAUAUCGGAGGAUUCACAACCCCGGCUCAGUAGUUCCAUCAUUCGGACCCCAGCUGGCUCAUCAAAGUCCAAAAAGAGAAAAAGUCUGGACAGCAGCGAGCCUCUUGGAACCAGCACACAAAAUCUUUCCAAUCUCUGGUCAGAGGAAGAGAAGGACAUAUUGAUGCAAGGAAUUGCCAAGGGUCUCAGUCAUACGGAGAUCAAACAACAAAGCUUUCCGACCAGAAGUGUGGACAGUGUCAGGAAGAAGGCAGCUGCAUUGAACAAGACCACUCAAUCGGCUCUCAAAAAACGAAGAGUCAGCCGAGCCGCUGCCUGGACGGACGACGAGGACGCACACUUCGUCCACGCUAUCCGCAACAACCAAACAUGGAAAACACUCCGCGAUCAUCGCUUUCGACAUCGAUCCGACGACUCGGUCAAGUUUCACUACGCCGAAGUUCGCCAGCGACUGCAGGCUGAAGAUGAGGCAGCAUCUACACACGCUCGUGUUCAGAGCCAGUCAAAAAACGGACAAUACUCGACCGGACCCGAUGAAAAGUUCACUCAGACAGAGGACGACUUCCUUAUAGCCUGUCGCCUUGAGAAUGUCGAAAUGAAGCGUGCUGCCAAAGAAUUCUUCCCCCUUCGCCCACUUGGACAAGUUACCAGUAGAGCUGGCAGUCUGCUCAACAACGCAAAGAGAGAAGCAGCCAAAGCAAACCCUGUGGAACCCGGAAUAUCGCCCUCCGUCGAGUUCCUGUUCGAGCACAAUCUCGAAGCUCGCGACAGAAUUGAAGUGCAGCGGGAGAAAGCUAGGAACUUCAAGAAGAGAUCAGACCAUAACAGGGCAAGAGAGUUUGAGGAGAAGAUGCAUCAACAGUCAAAGCUCAGCAAUGACAGGCAGAGGACAGAGGAGCGACGAGAACGAGAAGACCAACAGAGAAAGUCGCUUGAAGCUCUGGACAAAGCCAAGAAGCAAGACGAGCAAGUCAAACGACGCCGCCUCAACGACGAUAUCAAGCGUACUAGCGACUAUAACCAGCAGAUGGCUGCCUGGGAGCAACAAGCUGCAAUCAAUAAACAAGCCGGGCGACCAAGCCCAUCGCGCCCCAAUCGUCCGCUGGGUAGCAGUAUUGGAACCGAAGUCUUGACUACAGCUCAUACUCCCCGCACUUCCAGUAGCAAGACCACUCCCAAGGAUACAAACUCUGGAUCAAGCAGUACACCGGCCACAGAACAUAGUACGAAGAGGAGAAGAUCUUCCAACGUUGAAGUACAAGUGAUCAUUACCUCGUCCAAGAAGCAGAAGACUGAUACUCCACUGGGAGUGACUCCUCAAACCAAGUUUGGCAAUGCAAGAGCAGCUAGUGCUUCGAAGGUUCCGGUCAUCUCGACACCCAAAAGGACUGCACCUAUGGCGCCGCGAUCUGCUAUGGCCAAGCUUGGUAGCAUACGGGCUCGACCUAGCGCACGUGGUCAAAAGGUUGAUCUACUGUCGGUAGCUGUCGACGAAGAAGUAACCCCUGCAAUUGCUUCUGUUCCUGCCACACAACCUGUGAGGCCGGGUUCUGCAAGACAGGUUGUUCAGCACGAUGUGAUCCGCAAUGCAUCCUCACCAGACUUGCCCACAGCUAAGAGCUUACGGCAGUCAAAAUUGCCUUUCAAAAAGAAUGGUCAGCUGGCGACAAAGUCUUCUUCCACAAAGCCAACACCUAUUCCUCCAAGACCACGCAAUAGUAAAUCCAUCGAUGACAGUGUGUUCAUCUCCUCCGAUGAAGAAUCGUCAUAUGAUGACAAUGAAAUUACCGAUGAAGAGCUCAAUGCAAUUGUCGAACGCUCCGAGGCCAUGUAUAGCAGCAGUCCUAACAAAGAUCCCCAGAACAAAGAUGACCAAGGCAGUGUGCACAACCCGCAAAACUUGCUUUCCCCUCGUGCAAGUGCUAUGAGAAGCAGCCCGCCCGUCGCCCAAGUGUCGACCCAGAAGACCAACAUCCUUCACGGCAGCGCAGCUCUCAAGGUUGCAGCAAGAGCUGAGGUGCUUCGUCCAUCGUCAGCACCUCGUACCAUCACAAUCCCUGAAGCGCUCCCCAAAUUGAGUGGCCAGCCCACAAGCAAUACUAUUGUCGUUGCAGAUCCGGACACUCCAGUCCUAUCUCAAGAGGAGGAGAUGCCUGGACUUGAGAUAAGCACAGCAGAAGAUGGUAUUAUGCUAGAAGAGGACCAGAUCGAGCACGCCACGCACUCCACUCCUGUGUUUCCAAGUUCGAGCCCGGAAGUUGGCGCUGAGGACGAAGCGAGCAUGACCUCGCUAAAGCCAGACGCCGAUCUUGACUUGUCACCUGCCAAAGAAGUCCCUGGGUCAUCAGCGAUGGAAGAGUCCGGGGAGGCAAUACCUUCCAACCCAAUUCCUGGCGAGUCACGCAAAGACAUCUCUAAGGACAGGAAAAUCCAAGACAAACGAAUGGAUCCAGACACGGAUGACGUCGAGGAGAUGGAACCUUGGAGGAGCGACUCCCGAGAUCCUCCGCUAGACAAGGCUUCGAGCAGCAAGAAGUCUGAUGGAAAGAUGCCAUUUCCAAAGCGCCGCCAAAGCUCAUUCGGCCCGUUCAAGGUGCCGACAGUCCCACGCACAACCCAUCUGAAUGCUUCUGUUCAGCCAAGGACCAACCCUCGACCAGAUAUCGGGAAGCCUGCUGCUACGCUAGAGGAGAAGAGUGUUGCUACACAAGCAAUGGACGUUCUUCUUAGCCCCUCGAAUUCUAAGAAGACGCCUGCGAAGGUGUUCAUGUCAUCGAUUCCUGUACAAAAGAAGGAUUACGACAGUGGACCAUUUACCUUACCUUCGGCAUAUCCCUCUGAACAGUCACCACAUGCUGAUACUGGCAACAAAAAGGCGCGUAGAAGUCGCCGGUCGAAGAACAAGGGAAGUCGUAUCCUCGGAGAUGCAGAUCUCUUCAAGCCACCACCAUCAACUGCGCCUCCAUACACGCAUGCUGGCCCGUACCUAAGGCAGACCCCUGCGAAGAAGGUCAAUGGCAGCAGCGUUCUGGAAGAUGGGCAAACUUCGAAGCCACCUUCAAGCUCUUCUAAAGAAGACCCCGCAAAACAGUCAGCUCAGCAGUCGGAGACUAGAAGGCGCUCUCUAGGUCUAGAAGAGUCUUUGAAGAAUAUGAUGGAAAAAGGUCAAGCACUCGGAGCUCUAUCUCAACCCACGCCCAUCUCUGACAAGCCGACCAAAGGCAAUAGACUGACAUCGACUCAGCCUCUCUUCGCAGCCGAUUCGAGUGACAGGAUCAGUGAUGUAGUCUCCAGCCACUCAGCUAGUAUCUCGAAUGCAGGCCGCACCAUCAACCCGCACGCAUUUGAUUGGGACAAUGCGCAGGAUACACGUGAACUCAUACGUCAGGCAGAUCAGCGGUUGCAUGACGCCGCGAACAUGGCGCCUGAAGAUUUCUGGCAGCCGGAGAAUCUGGUCAAAAUGAACGAAGAGCAGGUCUUGAGCCAUAUGAUUGAGCAAGGUGUCCAACGUUCAAUGGGCAGGAUCCAAGCUGCCAAGUUCGCCUCCACACAGCCAGUUCAGGGCUCGAUCACCAACACUGGCGCAGCACCCAGACCAGCAACACAACCGAUCAUGCAAGUUGACGAUGAUAGCUCGUCGAGCGAAGAGGAAGACGACAGUGACGAGGAGGAUCCCGUACAGAGCAUGGAAAAUCUGGCUAGAAAGGCCGAUGCUAUUAGCAGACUCAAUGAGGCCAGGAGAGUCGCCGCGCUGCCUAACUGGUGA